UGUUGGUUUGCAUCAACCACAACCACUCUACAAAACAAUGUCAGGCCGAGCAGCGGUCUCGACAGCGACACGGGCGUGGGGAUGUGCCGUGGGAGGUCCUCGGCACACGCCAUCCGGGGGGGCAUCGCAACUCCGACCAUUCUGGCCCCCGGCGUCCUCCUCGUCCUCCUCCUCCAUCCCCUCACUCCUCACCCCCGCCACCCGCCGCUUCUCGACCACAGCACACCGGCACGCCCGCAAACAAGACCACUACGCAGUGUUCGGGCUGCCGCGCAACGCAUCAAAGGCGCAGAUCAAGGCGCGGUUCUACGAGCUAUCGAAACAGCACCACCCCGACGCGGCCGGCGGAAGCGGCAGCGCAGACAAGUUUCAUACCCUGAACGACGCGUACGCCGUGCUCGGGGACGACGGGGCCAGGGCGGCGUACGACGCGAGUAGUAGUCCGGCGUCUAGUCGGGGUGUCGGCAGCGAAGGCUCGUCGUUCCACCCGCACUCGCCCCAGUCGCGCCGGAGUAGUGGGCCCCACCGCGCGUGGGGAGGCGGCAGAGCGCCCCCGCCGCCGAGCUGGGCGGGCCGGCGUAAAGUCGCGCCUGACCUCGGCUGGGGCGCGGGUAUGGGCGGCACGAUGCCUGGGUACUCGGCCCCGCACUCGGCCCACGGGCGAUGGGGCCGUAAAGAGGAGAAGCGGCGCCAGGGCGAGUCGCGCCUCGACGAGGACGUCGCGGGCGAGAGUGUCGGCCUUAGGUUCGUCAUCGUCUUGCUUGUCCUCAUUGUCGUUUGGAGCUUGGGGAGUACGGUUGCCAAGGCUGAUGGCGGCGAGGAGGAGGAGGAGGAGGAGGAGAGAGGCGACGACGACGAGACCUGGCCAAGACGACACGCCGUCGACACGCCUACCACAUAG